AUGUUGCGGCUCACUGUGUUGUUGCCGGCGCGUGCGAUUAUUAAGCGGAAUGCGCCGCAGUUGUGGGGAGCACCAGGUGCACCCAUUAUUCGUAUGCGUGGUCACCACGUUGUGUGGAAGUUCCAAUCGUACGACCUCAUUGUGGAGCAUACACACAAACGCCAUAACUCUGAUAUCCGGCUACUUCACUACCUUGGCAAACACUGUCCUCAUCCACAGAAAUCUCUCUGGUCUCCAGACACACCCGUUGCGCAGGACAGACAUCUUUUCAUGUUGACUACAGUUGAUGUUGAUGCAUUUAAGUACUGGUUUGGUGUAAAGCGAUGUCGUCUCUCUAUGAAACCCUGGGCACUAUUAGCAAAAUCUGGACUUUUACCACCAUCACUGCGGCAAAAUUCAAAGAUUAUGCCUAAACCAUUGUUUGACAAGGAACAACUUAUGCGUUAUUAUCUUGCUAAUCGAAAGGAUGAGUCAAUUAUGGCGCGUGAAGAUUACCUCAAUUAUGAGAAUAGUAUGGUGAAGACAGAGGAGGAACGGGCAGCGGAGAGACCUGUUGCACCAUAUCUUUAA